AUGGGAGCGAUAUUCAGCCGCAUCUUUUGUUUUGUCACCGGCCAACCCUUCUACUCCUUUCAAUCUCGCAUCACGGCAGACAACGUAUCCAAUCUCUUCCCCGAUGUAAGAGCUUUGGAUGAAUCCGCAGCUGUUUGUUCGCCCGAAGACAUGGGGGUCGAACUCAAAGGAUAUGACCCCGACCAGAUUCUCCUCAUGCAGGAAAUGUGCAUCGUGGUCGAUGAUGAGGAGCGUCAAAUUGGAAUGGCGAGCAAGAAGACUUGUCAUCUUCUGAAAAAUAUACGCAGGGGUCUCCUGCAUCGUGCCUUUUCGGUACUCCUGUUUGACUCCCAAAACCGCCUUCUCCUGCAAUGUCGAGCGAGUGAGAAAAUCACAUGGCCAGACCAUUGGACAAACACAUGCUGCUCUCAUCCAUUGGCAAUCCCGGGGGAGACAGGUUUGGACUUUUGUGGCGCCAUUCUAGGAGCUAAACGAGCCGCUCAACGGAAAUUGAACCAUGAAUUGGGGAUCAGUCCUCAGCAGGUUCCCUUGAACAAGCUCAGGUUUAUGACGAGGAUGCAGUACCAAAGUGAUUAUGAUUUGACAUGGGGUGAACAUGAGGUUAGCUACAUUUUUAUCCUACAAGGUGAUAUAGAUCUCUCCAUCAACCCUAAUGAAAUUCGGGACUAUCGCUACGUUACCCGAGAAGAGUUUGAAGCCAUGUACAAUGAUCCUGGUGUGGAAUUUACACCAUGGUUCAAGCUCAUGAAGCAGGCGUGGCUGUCUACAUGGUGGAAAGCUCUGGAAGAAAGCUCAUUGGAUCUUUAUGUCAAUGAUUCAACGCACCAUCGGCUGUAG